AUGGCAAAAGCUGUUGAUCCAACAUACCCUCUCUACCCCCUGGCCUCGAUCCUCGCCGCGGCGAUGAUCGUGCUUGUUUUUCUGACCAGCCUCAUCCGACAAAGCUGGAACCUUGGUGUCGCACUCUUGUGCUUCUGGCUUUUCUUCGAGAACCUCACGAAUGGAAUCAAUACCAUCAUAUGGGCUGACAAUGCCGAUGUCAAGUUUUAUGUUUACUGCGAUAUUGUCACUCAUUUACAGGUAGUAGUGACUGUCGUGAAGCCUAUGGCCACAUUGAUCAUCACUCGGCGGCUGUAUUUGAUUGCUAGUCAAUCUCCACUUGGACUCGACGAGGACAGAGCGAGAUGCAAAAACGCUAUCAUAGAAUGGAUACUCGGACUGGCAGUUCCUGUUGUAGUUGCUGGACCAAUCUACUACAUAGUCCAGCAGUAUAGGUUCGCCGUACACGAGGGCUACGGAUGCGAGAACUCUGUCGACGGCUCGAUACUCAGCUUUUUGCUGAUCUGGUCUUGGAAUGUGAUUCCUCCGCUAAUUUCAAUCAUCAUCUACUACCCCCGGGUGGCCAGCCUCUUCUUUCACAAUGGUAGACGCAUCAACCGUCUACUCUCAAGCAACAACUCGAUCUCAUACAUCAAUUAUCUUCGCAUCUUUGCCUUCGCCAGUCUCGACGUCCUUCUUACAUUGCCAAUUGGGAUCGUGUCUGUGAUUUUGACCGCCAUAGCUGAAUCGUCUCAAGACUGGGUGUUCUAUCGCGGAUGGGCCUUUGAUCACAAGAACUGGGGGCCGGUGAGCGUCCCUUACGAGAUACAAGUUGCAGCAGGAUCUUCUGCCUUGGCGCAACGCUACUUUGCUCAGUGGACAUCGCCCGUACUCGCUUUCGCCCUCUUCGGUCUCUUCGGUGUAACAUCUGAAGCUCGCGCAUCUUACUGGCGUGUGCUUUACCGCGCUGGCAGCUGGUUCGUCUGGAGGCCAGAUCCCCCGAAUGUAUGCGGAGGGGAUUCAAGACCACUGGGAGAUGUCGAUUCGAGAGUGCCACCGCUAGAUACGCUAGUCGACUCGGCGGAUCUGAGCAGAUCGGGCGCUUCCUAUACCAACUCCCAAGCUAGGCAACCGGUGGCGGAAUCGGAACAGGGUAGGGAUCCUGCGACAUGCACACUACAGAAUAGCAUCAGCGGAGAUCCCACAUACCACGAUCAUGGGCUUACAACGUAG